CAAACGGUGUUUUGAAAGUUCGUGCAGAGAGAGGAGCAGCUGGAGAUUGGACGAGGAAGGAGGCAGGGGGAGGGGGAGCGGGAUAAUCGACAUAAUCGCGCUCCUCCACACUUUGCAGCCUCGCUGAUGUUUGGGAGAUGAACACACACAGAUUGUGUGCAGGUCCAGCGGUACUUCGGGUCCUGUAAAGGGAGGGGACAAACAUGAAAUCCAGGAGUGAGGACCACAGUUUGUCCGAGUCCACAGAACUGGACCGAUCGUACGACCCGCUCACAGGUAAUCCACCAAAUCAAGCCACCAAACGGACCAUCAAGCAGCGCUUCCUCAAAUUGCUGCCCUGCUACCAUUCUGGCUCCAGCCCAUCCAUCAAUCAAAAUAGCGUGAGCGAUGAGGCCGAGCUGUCGGCGGUGCGUUGCCGACCCGAGGGCCUCGAACGUCUCGUGGGGCAGACCAGCUUCAGUAAGAAAGAGCUGCAGAUCCUCUACAGAGGCUUCAAAAACGAGUGUCCCAGUGGUGCUGUGAAUGAGGAGACAUUUAAAACCAUCUACUCUCAAUUCUUCCCUCAGGGAGAUACAAGUAUGUAUGCGCAUUUCCUGUUUGCGGCUUUCGACGCUCACAACAGCGGAUCCGUCAGCUUUGAGGACUUCGUCCUAAGUCUGUCCAUCAUCCUUAGAGGCUCCAUCACAGAUAAACUCAACUGGGCCUUCAACCUGUACGACCUCAACAAAGAUGGCUGCAUCACUCGAGAGGAGAUGACAGACAUUAUGCACUCGAUUUAUGACAUGAUGGGCAAGUAUACGUACCCCUGCAUGAGGGACAGUGCUCCCAAGGACCACGUGGAACGCUUCUUCCAGAAAAUGGACAACAACAACGACGGCGUCGUCACCAUCGAGGAGUUCUUGGAGACGUGCCAAAAGGAUGAGAACAUCAUGCAGUCCAUGCACAUGUUCGACAAUGUCAUCUAACGGUCGAAUCCAAUAAGCUGGAGCGCCACCUCAGUGUGCACCUGCAGUGUGCGCGCGCGCGCUCGCGUGUAUGUGUGUGAGACAUUGACAUGAUCUAACGUCACUUUCUUUUUGGAUAUUGUGAACCUCACACUUAUUAGGGUUGUAUUGUGUCUGCAUGGAUGCAAUGUGUUGACGUAUUUUCUAUUGGCACCUGAUAGUGGAAGACAAUAAAACCUCACAGUUAUGAUGGAA